AACCAAUAAAUUAGUUGGGGAAAGAAACAUUACGCAAAUAGAAACUUACACUCUCUUCUCUUUCUGCAAAAGCCAUGGCGGUAAAGCUUAUGCAUGCGGUUCAGUACAACAGUUAUGGUGGAUGACCGUCUGGUUUAAAGCAUGUUGAGAUUCCAAUCCCAACUCCGAAGAAAGAUGAGGUUUUGCUGAAAUUAGAAGCAGCUAGUCUGAAUCCCGUUGAUUGGACAAUUCAGACAGGCUUGAUGCGGCCUUUAUUUUUCCCGCGCCACUUUCCUCAUACUCCUGUUAGCGAUGUGGCCGGAGAGGUUGUCGAGGUUGGACAAGGAGUUCGAAAGUUCAAAGUGGGCGACAAAGUUGUGGCAAUUCUCACCCUCUCUAAUGGAGGUGGAUUUGCUGAAUUUGCAACUGCUAGUGAGAGUUUGACUGUUACUAGGCCGCCGGAAGUUUCAGCAGCUGAAGCUGCAGGGUUACCUAUUGCAGGUAUCACAGCUCACAAGUGUCUCACUCAAGCUGCAGGAGUCAAGCUGGACGGCACCGGCCCGCAGAAAAACAUAUUGGUUACUGCUGCCUCUGGAGGUGUAGGGCACUAUGCAGUCCAACUAGCAAAGCUCGGGAACCAUCAUGUCACAGCCACUUGUGGAGCGCGUAACAUUGAUUUGGUCAAGAGCUUAGGGGCUGACGAGGUUCCUGACUACAAGACCCCUGAAGGGGCAGCUCUGAAUAGCCCUUCUGGUCGGAAAUAUGAUGCUGUGAUCCACUGUACAACGGGCAUUCCUUGGUCCACUUUUAAUCCGAAUUUGAGUCCAAAUGGGAAGGUCAUAGACAUUACUCCCGGUCCAAGGGCUAUGCUUACUUUCACUCUACAGAAACUCACCUGCUCCAAGAAGCAGCUGGUGCCGCUGCUGGUGAUUCGCAAGGCUGAGAACCUGGAAUAUCUUGUUCAGUUGGUGAAGGAAGGAAAGCUCAAGACGGUGAUCGACUCAACGCAUCCUCUGAGCAAGGCUGAAGAUGCUUGGGGUAAGAGCAUCGACGGCCAUGCUACUGGGAAGAUCAUUGUGGAGCCUAAAUAGUUAUACAGUCUAUUUAUUGUAAACUUCAUGUACUUGAUCUAGGAUUCCUAUUGAUAUAUGAUGGAUAGUAUGCAGAAUGGGAUAUGGGAUUUCAUAAUGUUUGUUUUCCGUAUUUGUUCUUUGGGAA